GAUGGCCAUUCGUUAAUCAAAUCGUAUUCUUCUUUCUUGUUUCAGAUGGAAACGCAGCGGGAACGGGUCCUGGUGAUCCAUGGACGGGGGGCAGCGGAGGCGUCCAGCCCCCGUACAGCGGAUACGCGCCCCCACACCUGGCCCAACCAGCCUAUCCCAUGCACCUACCCCACGACCCCAUGGCAUACUCGGCCAUGUCGCCGAACGGAGAACCGGCGGCUCCGAUUCUGGGCUCGGCGGUGACCAGCGCCGCCUCACUGCCACCAAUGUCCACAUUCCGGGGUAGCGGCGCGGUUGGGGCGAACACCGGUACCGGUGCACCGUCCCCGGCAUCCUUGCAAUAUAGUCAUAGUCCCGGUGCACCGACCAACGCGCCAUCCGCCCCCAAUCCUGCUCCCACGACGAACCAGCCACCCGCCACGGGAGACAACCUCGGCAAGACACUCGCGUCUGUAGUAAGCACAAGAAUUUACCCCACGGACCAAUCAGUAUCGAGUUAUAGCAGCAACCCAUCCACGCCAGUCAGUUCGCCACCACCGUUGACGGGUUCAGCGCCGGGCUGGGCACCAGGUGCUGCACCAGUUUCACCGCAUUUCACCACGGAUCCCAACCGUGGGACCAUUCACAUGGUAUGCAUCAAAGCUUGCCCAUACGUUUACCAUACCGUACCGUUUAAUCUUUAAUCUCUCUCCCCCCCCCCUUCUCGACGC